UCAUGAAGAUCGACUUAAAGUAAAAAGUUUAUAUUUAUUAAUUAAUCAAGCCAUAUCAUCUUAAUUUUUAAUCAUGACAAAUCUCUAUACAACAACGGAGUUGACGGAAUUUACUCCUUUGAGUCCUGAACAAGAACAAUCAUCUGUUGGCUCUUUUUUUGCCAAAGUAUUCAGUUUUAAGACAAGCCCAACAGAUGCCAAUGACAAUACUGCUCCACCUGUUGUAAAUAAUGAUCAAACUGAAAAAGAUACUUCACAAGCUCUGGCGGCUAUAGAUGGAAGAAAUUUACCAAAUAUUUUAAAAAGAGUUGGUAAUCUAUUACCAAUUCGGUCAGGAGAUUAUCCAUCUUAUAGAAAUACUGAUUUAAAACAGUAUUGGAUGCCCGAUUCUGUAAGCAAAGAAUGUUAUGAUUGUUGUGAGAAAUUUACAACUUUUCGAAGACGUCACCAUUGUAGAGUAUGUGGACAAAUAUUUUGUUCAAAAUGUUGUUAUGAAGAAAUACCUGGAAAAAUAAUGGGAUGCUCUGGAGACCUCAGGGUUUGCACAUAUUGUUGCAAAGUAGUAUUAUCUUAUUUACAGUCUGCUGCUAAAGAUGUAGUAUUAUCCCCUGAUUUAGUAUCUCUUAGAAAUGAAUUACAAUUAAAAUUAGGCAAUCAUGAAGCUUUAACCAAUUCUAAUGUAUCCACAAAGUAUUUUGAAAAUAUAAUUGAACCGACAAAUUCACCAAGUAGAAAGGUUUCUGUAGGAUAUCAAGAAGAAAAUUUUGCAUUAUCCAGAUCAAGUACAUUAAGUAGUUUAUCACCAAUAGAAUCUGUUGAUGAUCAAAAUAUUUCUCAUAAUCUAAAUAAUUUGUUUGAAGAAAUGUCACAAAUAAAUGGUGGAUUACAUUUAAAGACACACCGAUAUCAUUUAAGAAGUUACCAUUCAUGUUUUCUUGGACAUAAUUUAAUAGAAUGGUUACUAAAUCAUGGGAAAGUUACUAGCAGAAUGCAUGGCACAGCAAUCGGACAAGUACUUUUAGAUGCUGGAUAUAUAGAAGAUGUUAUGGAGAAUCAAGGAGAUUUUGUUGAUGGAAAUUCAUUGUAUAGAUUUUGCUCAGUGCUUCCCAAUCAGUCUAGUAAAAGUAUGAAAAUUACUUCUACAAAGUCUAAGGUUUAUGAAAAACAAAACUCAAAUCUCUCUAAUGGGAGUUUUAAAUUAGAUUUAGAUCUGCAUAAUAGUACAGUUCAAAUUUCAAAACCAAGUUCUCAAAAAUUGAAACAAAAUUCAGUUGUUGAGCCACGACCUAUAGAUAUAUUAAUAAAACAAAUACUUGAACUAAUUUUCAACACUUAUCAAAGCAAUAAUUUUGGAACUAUGAAAACAUGGAGUUCUCCUAAAAAACUAGGAGAUGAAAAUAAUGAAGCAUAUACUUUCAAUAACUUAACAAAAAUAUUUGAAGAACAUAAAUUAAAUUUUGUUAAACAAAUGUUGGAAAAAAAUGAACUCUCUAAUAAUUGGGUAGACACUUUAAUAGCUCUUUCUAAUUUAGUAAUUUGUGAACUUUCGCCAGAUUUAUCAACAGAUUCAGACAAUAUGAGUAUUUGUCAUUAUUUACAAAUAAAAAAAUUAGAAGGAGGUGAACGAAGUGAUAGCUGUAUUGUAAGUGGUAUUGUUUGUUCAAAAAAUAUUGCUAACAAAGCUAUGGCAUCAAGAAUUUCUGGACCUAAAAUUUUACUGCUUCAGUGUUCAAUCAUUUACCAGCGUGUCGAAGGAAAACUAUUAUCAUUAGAACCUGUUAUCAUGCAAGAACAUGAUUACUUUAGAAAUAUUGUGAACCGUAUUGUAUCAAUGAAACCUGAUCUUGUCUUAGUUCAAAAAAGUGUAUCUAGAAUUGCUCAGGAACUUUUUAAUCUAAUGGGUGUAACAUUAGUAUUAAAUGUCAAGGCAUCUGUAUUAGAGCGUAUAUCUCGGUGCACUGGUGCAGAAAUAUUAACUUCAGUUGAUGCACAUAUGGGUAAACCAGUAUUAGGAACAUGCCAACAGUUUUAUGUUGAACAUUUUGGAAACAAAGCAUUAAUGUUUUUUGAAGGAUGUCCAAUGCCAGAACUUGGAUGUUCAGUUUUACUUAGAGGCACUACUAAAAACCAGUUAAAGAUAUUAAAAUCUAUACUUAAACAAUUAAUAUUAAUGAUAUAUAAUUGGAAGUUAGAAAAAUCAUAUUUAAUGGAUCAAUUUGCAUCACUACCAGUAAAAAAUAAGCUUAUAAGCGAUCCUUUGAUUCCCGAACAAAAUUUAUCAAUUUUAUCAAAUUCUAUUAGUAUAAACGUUAAUGAUGAAACAGAAUUGUUUGAAGUAAACAAUUUACAACUUAAGUCAACUGAUAUUGAAUUAGAAAAUAAAUUUCAAUAUUUUUUGAAUUCAACAAUAUUGUCAAUAUCACCAGUUGUUAAUUUUUCAGUACCAUACUUGGAAUCAGACAUAGGAAAACACUGUAAGUUGAGAAAAUAUUUUUCAAAACAUAUUUAUGUAUCACAAGUUCUCAACAAUAUGAAAUCGUUUACUGAUUACCAACAAGAAAAUGGUCAACCAGAGUCAGAAAUAAAUUUAAAACCAAAGCAUGACUUUGUAACAUCUAAACUAACCGAUGACAUAAAUAGUGAUGAAGUACAAAGUUUAUUAGCUUUGUUUCGAGCUCAAGGUGGUAGAAUAUUACAUAAUCAAACAGAAAAAUUGUCUACAAAAUCUAAAAAAAAUAGCUAUCCAAAAAAAGAAAAACUUGUUGAUAUAUUUGAUCCAGUUAAUCAUCAAAGAUUACCAGUGAUGUUCUAUAGUUUUUGUCCAGAAUCAAAUAAUGCUCCUUCAUUCUGUGUGGAGCCUAGAUUAGUAUUCAUGGAGUUUUAUGGAGUUAAUGAUAUUUGUUUGGGUAGAUUUUUAGAAAGAUACUGUUUUCGUGAAACUUAUGAAUGCCCAUCUGAAUCAUGUGAUAGUCCAAUGAAUAGACAUGAACGACGUUUUAUUCAUGAUAAAAGUUUUGUUAGACUUUUGUUAUCUAAUAUAACUGGUCAUUUAAUUGAACCUCCAUAUAACGAAAAUUUAAUUUAUACUUGGUCUUAUUGUAAAAAGUGUUUUUGUUUGACACCUGUUGUUCCAGUCUCAGAUGAUACUUGGUCAUAUUCUUUUGCUAAAUAUCUAGAAUUAAAGUUUCAUUCCCAGGAGAGUUCAUGUCGAGCAUUAAUUGAUUGCUGCCAUUAUUUAAAUAGAGACUUUAUACAAUUUUUUGUUUAUAACAAAACAAUAGCAUCAUUUGAAAAUAUAGAUAUUAAAAUGUGGGAAAUACGGUUACCUAGUUUAAAACUGAAAAUUAUGUAUAUCAAAGUAAACCAGUAUCGUCCUGAUACAUUAGAAGAGGUGAAACAGUGGACAUUAAUGGGACAUGAAAUAUUUAAUGCAAUUUCAACAAAAAUUUGUUCUCUAUCUACGGAAACUAAUGCUAAUUUUCUUCCAUUAAAACAACAGUUGCAAAAAGAUCAGGGAUUAUUUAAACAAAGAGUAGAUGAUAUACAACUCCGAAUUACUUCUCCAACAUUAACUGAUAAAGAUACAAAUUAUGGAACAAUGUUGAAUACAAUAUGGAAGUUAGAUGAUUCAAUUGUUUUAUUAAAAAAAGCUGUAAGUGAAACUAUAAUAAAUUGGAAUGCUAGAUUAAUUAAAAUAGAAACAGCCAUUAAAAAAGAAGAUAAAUCUCAGAAAAAAAGUGAAAGUAAAUCAAAUACAAUAUCUGAAGUAUUAGAAGAAGUUAUGAAUUCUGAAUGUUAUUCAAAUCACUAUUUUAUUGAAGAACAUAGUAUUACCAGUCAUUUAAGCCAGCAUUCAUUAGUUUCUGAUUCAGAAAUAGCUGCUGAACAUGAUUUUGAAAAUUUAAAUGAUUCAGAAUCGUAUCACAGUGAAAAAUGUUAUUUAACUGUACCACAGGCUCAAAAUGAUGUUGGUACAGACAGUGACAGUGAUGCAGUUGAUGAUUAUGAUAAUAAUGUACAUAAUGAACACAAAUCUCAAUUAUCUAUAUCUCAAACUGAUAAAAAAAGUGUCAAAACAAUUUUGUCACAGUUUUUACCUUCAUCCACUCCAUCUGCAAUUAUUCCUAAUCCAAUUGAAAGUACAGAACAUCAUGUAUUGAAUAUACACUGUCGUAUACCUAUAUCGAUUUAUGAAAAAGAACCUAGUUCUAUUAUUGCAUUCACAUUAAGUACAUCAUUUUACCAAAACAAAAUAUCAAAUACAGAAUUAAUAUCAACUGUUGAACAUGUUGAACAAGAAAAUGAUCACAAAGAAAUAGAUGAUAAAUUAAAGUCUAAACAACAUAUUGAAAUAACAUUCUCAGAUACCACAACUAAUUUCUAUGUUAAGAUAUAUUUUGCAAAACAAUUUGCGAAAUUAAGAGAAACAUUUUUUGUAUCUGGAGAAGAAAUGUAUGUACGUUCAUUAUCAAGAUGUAUUUCAUGGUCAGCUAGAGGAGGGAAAUCCGGCUCAAAUUUUUGUAAGACAAAAGAUGAUAGGUUUGUACUCAAGGAAAUGUCUCGUUUAGAGAUAAUGCCUUUUUUGGAGUUUGCGCCACAGUAUUUUGCUUACAUACAUUCACGUCAGACAAAUAGAAGACCUACUCUGUUAUGUAAAAUUGUAGGAGUUUAUAAAGUAAGAUAUCGUAAUACCGAUAAAGGGUCAUCAUUCAAUUCAAACUUACUAGUGAUGGAGAAUCUAUUUUACAAUAAAAAUAUUUCUCAUAUAUUUGAUCUUAAAGGAUCAGUAAGAAACAGAUUAGUUGAUCCAAGCUCACAAGAUGGAGAGAUUGUAUUAUUAGAUGAGAAUCUUAUUAAAAUGUCAUGUGAAUCACCAUUAUAUGUUCACCCUCAUUCCAAAAUAAUUUUAAAUCAAGCUAUCAAUGACGAUGCAGAAUUUCUUACUACACAGCUUGUCAUGGACUAUUCGCUAUUAGUUGGCUUGGAUGAAGACUCAGGCGAAUUGGUUUUAGGAAUCAUUGAUUACAUCCGUACAUUUACAUGGGACAAGAAAAUAGAAACUAUGGUGAAAAAGUCAGGACUCCUUGGUGGUCAAGGUAAAUUGCCUACAAUUGUUUCACCUGAAGAGUACAAGAAUAGAUUUGUUGCUGCGAUGAAUUUGUAUUUCUUAUCAGUACCCAAUAGAUGGACUGGCAUGGCUAAGGGCUUUGAACAUCGUUUUUAAUUUAAGUUAACUAGUUUUAUUUUAACUUUCUGUGAUAUUAUUGAAGUUUUAUAAACAAAU